AUGUCACCUGCAUCGGGGAGUUUCCUCCAUCCUGAGACUCAAAUGCUGGGCUAUCUUGACUUCAACGAGAUGCCCAACUCGGACGCCACCGAACAAGAUCCCUUCUCCAACUAUAUUGAACUCCUCGCAGACCAACCUGAGCAAGUCCAGGAAUACCAUGGAAUGCCUAAAUGGGACGACGUCUCAGCCCAGCUCUUGCAUAAUUUGCCCUCUCCCUUACCCGAGGGCGCCGACGACGAACUCAGUGGUCUGUUCUGCGUCAACAUCGCAGACCAAUCUAGCCAGAACCCGCCCAGCAGGAGCACUGGACGAUCCAGCCCUCAGCCUCCCAACUCCAUCCAAAGAGCCGGCGUUGGUGUCGCUCCCAACAAAGGCGUGGUGACAACGACGAACCCCCGCAAGCAAAAUCAUUCCUGCGACCAGUGUCGGAACGCAAAAAGGGCAUGCGACCUGCCACAGGAUGUCUCCAUCAAUGAGCAGAAGCCGACAAGUACCUGCACAACAUGCAGUUGGCGCGGGGUAGAAUGCACAGUGGCAUGGCUGGCCAACAGAAAGUCUCAGCAACACACCCGAAAGCGGCCUAGGACUAUGUCGUAUAUUCAAAGCACUGAUACGGUAGUAAAUUCCUGCGUCGCCACUUGCCCUGAAGAACGGGCAGAUACGCCACCAGUUGACCGUGGAAUAUUCAUGUUAUCGAGAGAAGAGGACCUUGCCCGUCAGCUGGUUGGGCGUGAUACGCUUUCACAGCAAUUCAACUUCUAUGUCGAUGUUAUAGAUAUGCCACUCUCCCAAUGUCUUUUACAAGGAAGCAUGCAUCCUCGCUAUUCUCUGGGAAUCGCGGCUCUAGGGCCGCUCGGCAACAGCAGCCAUAUGUCCGUCUACUUCGAUCAUGCCAAUGUGUCUCUCAGAAGCUGCUGGGAAACACAAAAGAGUUCAUGGGCAUCGACGCCGGUAGCCCCGCAUUUAUUCCAUGCGGUCAGCGUGCUUGACUCCCUCUUCCAGUACAAUGGCACCCAACCAGGCCAUGCAUCCGAGUCACGUGAUGCGUCUGUUACAGAGACCUACAAAUGGGUCACAAUCGCAACUGCAGCGCAGUUUACAGUUUCUAACGACCGGCAAGGGGAUACGGGUCUGCCAGAGCAAUGGGAUUCACAUUCACAUUCUCGAGAUAUUGCGACUGAGGCUUGGCGCAGGGCCAAACAGCUGUUGUUCAAGAACAUUUCGUCUGUCCGGUCGUUUCGACUCGCGCUGUCUCUACUUCUUUUUGGCUUAAUUCCGGCCCCAAAUCCAGGCGAUCAGUCCUCUGCAUUAGAAGAGGAUGCAACCUUUGCCCUUUGCGAAGGCGUCCGGCGCAUUAGAAUGCUCUGUGGUCAGGCACGAGCCUGCGCCCUCGCAAAGGACGCAGCGGAAACUCCUCGCUGCCCUAAAGCAAAAUUUCACUCAGUUCAAAUGCUUCCUAAAGAUGUCCGUGAAAUGGUUUUGGAGCUGAUUGCUGCUAUUGAGUGGUUGAGUAUAAUAUUCAAUUCUAUUGCGGUUGUGUCGUCGCGCGGGAAGAUUUGUCCCUUGCCUCUGGACAUAUGCGACGCCGCCGUCGGGAGCUCGCACAGCGCCCAAGAUCCGACUCAGGAUCCAGUUUCGGAUAUGUCGUCAGUAGCCCUGUUGCAUGACUAUGAGAUCGACAAAUCGAUUGCUUCACGAGCAAAGGAAGGGGAAUGUGCGUUUAUAGCACUGUUGUGUAAGGACAGCUCGGAAGAUCUGGUGCUUCAAGCGGUCAGGCAGUCGGAUGCUGCAGCAAUUUUCUUGUGGAUAUGUCUUGCUUCCUUCACCCUGGAUGUCGAGAACAUCAUAGAUGGGAAUACAGACUAUGAAGCGGCCCACCGACGGUAUAAGAUUGGGGUGAGGCUGGUGGAACUGUGGAGACUGUCGUUUGGCGCACUUGACAGCACGACGAUAUUCUGCAUUCAACAGUCGAGGGCAGAUAUACGACAGCUGGCUGGAUUUUGUUCGAAUGACGGUGAUCUGGCCGUUUUAGCAUUCUGUGCCAUUGCACAGAGACUCGAGACCUACCUAGAGGGACAGCCAUCGAUCCCGCAAAAAGAAUCCCUUGCUAGCACUCUGCGGUCGUCCAGAUCGUACCGAAAAAAGCAACGACUUCUUGCUGCGCAGCAAGUGGCUACCUUUGCUAAGAUAUCUCAAGGAAUUGCAAGCCCUGGCUUUCAAGGAACGGCAGGCUUAAAAGCCCACAUUCAGGAUAUUGCUGCACACCCCGUGAGUGUUACAAUCUGCAGAACCACUGAAUUUUCUGCUGACCUGCGUGUUUUCAAGUAUCCUAAGAUGGUAACUCAAGCCUACGCUUUAGCGGCCAAAGCUUUUGCGGAUGAAGUUCAUGAGAUGGUUGUUAGAUUGGAUAUGGAGGGAGCUUGUGAGAUGACAGCGGGACUGGAUUCCUGUCUGCAGGUGCUUCGAGGGCUUCAGGGAACGCUGGUGACGUUACCUGAUUUUCUUCAAUUCUUUGAGGAUACCUUUUAG